GACACGAUCGUCUACUAAAGAAAACCCCAAACUAAACUACGUCAUCAAAAACCCAAUUGCGCUACGAGACCGCCAUCACCAUCAUGAGACGGGCACACGGAGGCAGUGGUGGUAGAAAUCACGACCGCCGUUACGUCCGUCGUGGUGGUGGGAAUGCGAAUCCAGUAAAAGAUCAAUCAGAAUUGGACCAUAAGCAAGAAGACACGACCUCCACGGAUCGGUCGUCUACAGCUGCUUCUCCGUCUACUUCUCAGCCAUUAACAAAACCUUCGAAACCUUACCGGAGCCCUAGGAGUCGGCGCGGCCGUGUAUCAAAUUCAAAACCUCGUCCCGUUGAGGUGAAUUUUACUGAAUCCGAUGUUGUAGAUUGCUUGGCUGAUGAUUUGAGUAGCUUAAAGGUGAAACAGAACCCGAAUUCGAUUACGGACGAGAAGGUUCAUCUCAGUUCUGUUGAUCAUUCGAAUUCUGAGGAAUCAGAUGUGAAUAGAGGUGAAAGUGAAGAACUUGCUGAUGCUGGUACUAAUGCUAAUGAGUAUGAGACGAAUGGAGACAUUAUGUUGACUAUUCUGAAUGAUUUGAGAUCUAGCGUCAGUGAGCCAGAGCUAACAGAGGAUCAACUAAAGAUGAAUGAUCAAUUACAGGAAGAUGAGCUUUUGGCAUUGGGGUACAUCUAUGGAGGAAACAUGUUCAUCUUUGAUCGGCAUAAAGAUAUGCGAUACUUUCAGGUUCAUGUAAACGUUGAAGCUACUAAUGAAUAUACCAUCUCUACGAAGCUUAACUUACAAGCUGAUUCAAGUAAGGAGCCAGAGGAUUUCUUGUACUCUUUCAAGGCACAGCAUCUUCCGCCGAUUGUGUUGACAUGUUUGUUACCAAGUGCUUAUCCGAGCCACUUACCGCCUUAUUUCUUAAUAAGUGUUCAGUGGAUGAACCCUGAUAAGAUUUCAAGUCUCUGCUCAAUGCUGGACUCUAUAUGGAGUGAACAGCCAGGGCAAGAAGUCUUGUACCAAUGGAUGGACUGGUUACAGAACUCGUCGAUUUCUCAUCUCGGAUUUGAUGAUGAGGUUGUUCUUGGUCCUUAUGGGGUUACAUGUUCUAGAGAUAAGCGUGCUGUGUCUGGAAGUCGUUCUCCGGAUUCAGAUAUUCCUUAUAUUAGGAGUUAUGACGAUGAGAAACGUCAUGAUAGUUUCCUUCAGAGCUUGCAUGAGUGUUGUAUAUGUUUCUCUGAAUCUGCAGGUAUUGACUUUGUUAAGUUACCAUGCGAGCAUUUCUUUUGUUUGAAAUGUAUGAAGACCUACACAGACAUACAUGUCUCUGAAGGCACAGUUAACAAGCUUAAGUGUCCGGACUCGAAAUGUGGAGAAGUUGUUCCGCCAGGUAUAUUGAAGAGAUUGUUGGGCGAUGAAGCGUAUGAACGCUGGGAAACUCUUAUGUUGCAGAAAACAUUGGAAGCCAUGACUGACGUCGCUUACUGUCCUAGAUGUGAAACCCCUUGCAUAGAGGAUGAGGAGCAGCUUGCUUUAUGCUUCAAGUGCCACUUCAGUUUCUGUACACUUUGUAAAGAAAAGAGACAUGUGGGUGUGGCUUGCAUGAGCCCGGAGCUUAGGCUUCAAAUCUUGCAGGAGCGUCAGAGUUCUUCUCGUCUUGGAGAGGAACAAAGGCGGAAAGAAAAAGAAAUGAUCAAUGAAAUUAUGAGUGUGAAGGUGAUAAUGAAAAGCGCUAAACAAUGCCCAUCUUGCAAAAUAGCCAUCUCAAGAACCGGAGGUUGCAACAAAAUGGUCUGCAAUAACUGUGGCCAAUACUUUUGUUACCGUUGCAACAAAGCUAUCAGUGGUUAUGAACAUUUCAGCGAGGGGACAUGUGAUCUAUUCCCACAAGAGGCGAUCCAAGAAUGGAAUGAGAGGAUGAAUGAGCGACAAGUCCUUGGACAAAUUCAAGCUCAAAUGUUUGCAGAAAACGGUCAGUUUCCACAGCGCGGCCAGCUGUGUCCUAAUUGCCGCCAGUUCAAUGCAAAGGCUGGAAACAACAAUCACUUGUUUUGCUGGGCAUGUCAAGCUCAUUUCUGUUAUCUUUGCAAGAAAGUGGUGAAGAAAUCUGUUCAGCAUUAUGGACCAAAGGGUUGCAAGCAACACACAGAUGGGUAAAGGCAUGCAUGUCUGUAAAGAUCAAACUCAGAUUCUGUUUUUUUCUUUUCUUUUCCAGAGGUUGUCGUUUGUUUUAUGUUCCAAAGAAACAUUGAUCAGUUUGAUUUAUUCUUCGAGUGCGGUUUCAAUAUAUAUUAUUUAUCUGUCA